AUGAGGCCCCUCGUUGCGCAGCUAUCCGCGGCAAACGAGCGGAAGAGGCAGCAGCACAAGCAGCAGCACGUGCAGCAGGGGUCUUCCAGCAGCAGACCACAACUGGCUGUGCUGCUGUCUCUACAGCAACUGCAAUCCUCGCUGGCUGCCGCGGCUGCGUCAAGCCAACGGGGGGGCCCUGGGGGGUGGCCCUCGGCGCCGUCUAUCGCUGGACAGAAGCUGAGCAAGAAAAAUCAAGAGCGACUCCAACACCGCAAGCAGCAGCAGCAGCAGCAGCAGCAGCAAGAAGCAGCAGCAGAAACGGGAGGACCCGCACAAGCACUCGCUCUGUUUGGGAAGGCCCUAGAAGCUUUAUGGUUGGGAACCGUGGAGAUGCUCCUGCAGAAGCAGCAGCAGCUCCUGUGUUGCGGAAGCAGUAAUGCGAUACAAUUGUUGCGGAUUGGAGCCUUACAAGAGGGCUGCGACAGGCAGAGUAUUGCGUCAACUGCGGCAGACACAAUGGCAGCACCAUUGAUGGAAGAGGAGCUCGAUGCUGCAGCGGCUGCUACAGCCCCACCGGACUCCAGCCAGCCUGUGACGGCUAAGUGCAACAGUGGUGGCGUUACAUUGGUCACUCCACGGCAUGAGCCUGUCUCUUCUGUUGACGCUCAGCAGGUUGUGGAGAUUAGCGAUGACACUAGCGAGGAUGAUUGCACCAGCAACGCCGAUCACUCAGCCAGAGCUGCGCGUGCCGCUCCUACUCGCGUCGAUGCGGCAACAUCAGCAGCACGCAGAGAGUCGCCUCUCAAUUCUGCUCCUUCUGUUCUUGUGCCCUCUUCAGAGAUCCUGAGUUCUCCCUCUGAUGCAGAGACUGCCUCCUCCAGCGAUGACACGCCGCACCAGCAGCAGGAGGGAGUCGAAUCGUACGUUUUGCAGGCUCCUGCGCUGCUCUCUCCUCUUUUGCUACUGCUCUUGGGAUUUGACGCUCAGGCGCUAUCGCUGCAGCUGCCUGUUGCAGUGAUGCCCUUAUACGAGAGAAUACUCUCCGAAGCCAUAAAUGCACAGCACCACCUACCUCCAGCGGCAUGGGCAGGCCCACUUUCUGCAUCAGUUGCUGCCAAAAGCCACCGGCCGCAGAAGCAGUGUGCCCACCUUCAGGUCUGGAGUAAAGGACUCACUCUGGUUGCAGCAGGGUGUACUGCUGCUGCAGCUGCUGCAGGAGGCGGUUUAUGUCGUGCUGGAGAGGCUGCAUGGACUGCCGCGGGUGGUUCCCCUGAAAGACGGCAACACGCAGCCUCUGAGGCUGCAGCCUGGUGUCGCCUCUUUCUGCUUGCGGGAAGGGCAGUGCUGUUAUCUCCAUCCAAAGACCGCUGUCCGUCCUUCUGCCUAUGUGCGGCGUCUAAGCUUCUUGCCGCUCUCCGAUUUUAUGUUCCUGACGCCCCCUACUGGUGCCUGAGGACAAGCGACCUGCAUAGAGUGUUGCGGUUUCUUAGGCGUCUCCUUCCCACUACGUUCUUAUCUGUACUAUCGGAGAUCUUCUUCUAUCCGUCUGCGUCUCCAUCGGAAGGCCUACCACUUGUUGCACGACUGCCACUGCCUUGUGCAGAAGCGGCUCUUGCCUGUGUCUCUGCUGCCACAACCGCGGUGACAGCAAGAGAAGCGUUGCCCCACCUCAUGCCUCAUGUCAUUCGCUGCUGCCUCUUCCCCUUCGGCUUGGGGCGGCGAUACACCGUGAACGGCAACAGCGGAGGCACCAGUGGAGGCACCAGUGGAGGCACCAGUGGGAGCAGCAGCGACACUCUUUGUGCAGGCUUGUCGCAUCCUCAGCCUUUCGAGGCGCACAGGGCAGCCGGCAGAGAAGGGCCUUCCAAGGCGUCCCUGCCUGCUGCAGGAGACUCGGCAGAAGCAGCAGGGAGCUGCUGUUACGACGCUCUUUGCUUAGAUGAUCCCCCAGUAAAUUUGGUAAUGGCGCCUGCUUCCCACUGUAAUUCGGGAAGCUCAGGAGCAGCAAUUGUGCAGUGGGAUCCUCCGGGAAGCUCCCCAAAGAGUCGACUCCUAGCGGCAUCGCAUUUCGCUGCUCCCCUCAUCAGCUGCCUCCUAAAAUUACCUGGAUCACAAGCCUGCAGGGACCCCUCUGACGCCAUCCUCGAGACUGAGGAAUCCCCAGGAAUGUCUAGGGGCCCCCACGAAGGCCCUCUGGCGUGUCGAGUCGUGGCCAGUCUCCUCCUUGAGAGCACGAAACCAUUCGGCUUCGCUGCACGGGAAGGCACCUACGGAGAAGGUCCUGCUUCUGUUGCCUCCAAGCAGCAACGGAAGGAGCAAGUCGUGAGCUUUAAGGGGCCUCUUUGCUUAGAGGCGCUGCUGCGGGAGGCAGCUACGCACCUGUUAGGGGCCGAUUCCCACAGGCGGGAGGCGCUGCUUCAGCUUAUACGGCCCUCAGGCAAAAGCCUCUCCCUUCUGGGUAGCGGCGACGCCCUUGCUCGCUUUGUGCUGCCUCUUUGCCAAGAGGCAUGUGGCCCGGGGGCUACUGCUUGCGAGGCCGCAUCACCACAAGCCAACGAAGGAGGCUUCGGCUCUGUGGAUUCUCCUGCACUGGCGAUUUGGCAGGGAGCCCGCGUCUCCGCCUCUGUCUGUUUCUUCUGCGCCGCCAGCAGCGAAUUGCUACCCCCUUUGGCAAGCGUCUCUUGGGACCCUCCGGGGGAGCCCUUCGACGUAAGGCGACAAGCCAAAUGCAGUGCUAGCUGCGGAGACGCAGAGAGCGAGAGCUGCUGGCUUCUUAACUCUCCUCCUAGGGCCUUUGCGGUGGCUCUGGAGUUUCUCUUCUGCCACUUGGGAGCUCAGGGGGCCCUCCUACACGCGCCCCUGCAGGAGGGAGGUUCCAGCAGUGGCUUCAACAGCUUGGUGGUAAGAGCAACAACGGCUGUUAGGGCUUCCUUUCGGGAAAGCACCCUCGUAGGGGGGGCCCUGCUGUGUGUCUGUGGGCACUGCUCCUUUAGCUCUUCCGAGGAGGAAAGGCUUGGAGAGAUGCCUCCACAUAGGCGUCCUCAGGGCCUGCUCUCCGCCGUAUGUGCUACAGCUGCUUUCGCCUAUGCAGCAGAGCAACCCGAGGGAGGAGCCCCCAGCACUGGUGGCAGCACUAGAGAUGAGUGUUCAUUCGCUCGUCUGUGUGCAUUUGCUGUGGUCUGCGAUGAGACACUCAAGGGAAUUGCCAGUGCCCUGCAACAGCAGCAGCAACAGGAGGUCGGAACGUGGGGUCCUGCGUUUUUGCCAGUCGGGCUACGCCAGUGGUUUCUUACGAACUGCUCCAAGAAGGGUGGACAGCCCCUUCUCCCCCCUCAAGAAAAUACAGUGGGGAGAGAAGCUUGUACCAGCGUAAGCUCAACAUAG